AUGUUCAUCGCUUCAGAACACACCCGCCCGGGCAAGGUCAACGUUCUUCUGAUCAGUAGCGGCAGCGUGGCCAGCAUCAAGAUCCCGCUCAUCGUCGAGGCGUCGCUCGAGGACUCUCGAAUCGACGUCCAAGUGGUGGCUACCAAGACUUCGCUGACCUUUUAUACCCCGGAGGAAGUCCUCAAAGCCAGCCAAGGUCGGGUCAGGGUAUGGACGGAUGACGACGAGUGGGGUACUUGGAACAAGAUCGGCGACCCGAUCCUACAUAUCGAGCUCCGAAGAUGGGCCCACCUCGUCCUCGUCUGUCCUUGUUCGGCCAACAUGCUCGCCAAGAUCUCCAACGGGAUCUGCGACAACCUCUCCACCUCCCUCCUCCGCGCCCUCGACCCCUCGACGACCAAGACUUACCUCUUCCCUGCUAUGAACACCCUCAUGUACACCCAUCCGCUCACCGCUAAACAACUCCGGAUAGUCAAGGAUGAGAUCGGGUACGAGGUACACGGGCCUCAGGCGGGCAAGGCUUUGGCUUGUGGGGAUAUCGGACCGGGAGCGAUGACGGAUUGGAGAGAGAUCGUGGAUAUCGCCAUCAACUUCGUCGACACCAAAAUCCCUCGACAAGGUUGA